GUGACCAAGGCCGCAAGUGGUAAGCGUCAACGCGCCGGCCAGCUCUCACAUAUCAUUUGCUCGCCCCACCGCCGCGAUGGAAUCAGCGUGGAAUCAGGCUCAAGCGCGCAUUGCUGAGAUACGCUCGCUGGACUUUCCACCUGUGCCCUUGAGGACCAUUCGCGUGGGAAAACUGGAUGCCGAGUUACUGGACCAAGAGCUGGUCCAACUCCUCCAGGACCCCGUCCAAAAGUCCCUUGACGCACCCCAGUGGAAGCCGGAGCUUUCCCUCAUCCUGCAGCUGCUGCUGUAUCGAUUUUCGAUGUGGAACACGGGGGCAACCUACGGCGCGAAGCUCCAGGAUCUACGGUAUACCGUGCCAAAAAGUUCGAGGCCUCUGACGCCCUCUGGUCUUCCGCGCCGGACCCUUCUCAUACACGCCACUCUCACGAUAAUAGUGCCCUACCUCCACUCCCGCCUACGUGCCCACGCGCUUUCUAAAGCCUGGCCGGACCGUCCCUCGUCCGAUCGUCGUCGAAAGGCUUGGGAUAUCUUGACUUCCAUGGAGUCGACCCAUUCAAUGUUCGCCUUACUGAGUUUCGUGCACUUUUUGUGGGAUGGAAGAUAUCGGACAAUAACAGACAGGUUGCUCGACAUGCGGCUUGUGCCGGUCCAACGGCUAGUCAAGAGGGACGUCAGCUACGAGUUUAUGAAUCGGCAGAUGGUCUGGCAUGCAUUCACUGAAUUCCUCAUCUUCCUUCUGCCUCUCUGAGCGGUCGCGGUAUGCGCCGACGAAUAUCUCGUGUGGUUGCUUUGCUGUCACCAACAUCUAUCACAUCUCUGCUAUCGCCGACUCGUUCAGCAGAAACCAAGACACGAGUGACGCGGGGAAAGUACUGGGCUCUUCCUCAAGACCAAUGUGCGAUCUGCGCCGAAAACGCUGCAUACAGUCUCAACCCCAGCGAGCCGAUGAAUGCGUUUACUUCCUUGGCAGCAUCUUCGAUACCAAGCUCGACACCCGAGUCUGAGACGGAGCCCCCGCCGCAUCCCAUCAGCACACCGUACGCCGCAUCCUGCGGAGACGUAUACUGCUAUCACUGCAUCGCUGAGCGGAUGAUGCGGCGGCCGACGACGAGCAGAAAUGGGAAUGCCUGCGAUGCGCACAGGCUGUGGAAAGCGCCGAUCGGCUCACAGAGUUGUCCGGCAGUGAAAUGUCCGAAAGCGAAUACGAAUUCAGCAGUGACUUGGAUGUCACAGACCUGUCAGGAUCCAUGGCCUCGAUGGGUAGCUACGCAUACACGGAGUCGGUCUCUUCCGGGCAGUAGCUCUGUGUUGUGUUUAUGCCCUCACAAUAAAAUUCACAUCUCACGCAUCCCGUGAUUCUCAUCUACCACUCCGUCCCGAAUAUGGCACUUGUUCCGGCUGUGCGCGUGCAUCGUUUGAUUAUAUCACCUCCUUCUGGACUGGCGUCAACUAGUAUGAUCUCUUCUGGCAGCCUUUUCUCUUUGCUCCACAUGGACCCCGCUACAUGUCGCAUCCAUUCCGUAUAACACCCCGCGCACCCUCGUCGACGCUUGGUGUGCUCGUUAACACCACGAUCGAUGACAGCAACGCUACAUACUUCACAUGGUCCGAGAAGGCGGGAGUGCCCAAUCCAGCUGCGAUACCAUGGGCCGCGAUAAGCCCUGGCCACGCAUGCGUGUACUGCUCUGCUCAACCCCCCAUGGGCAGUGCGUGGAACAGUACAUGGCAUGACGGGACGAACAACAGUGCGGGGACGCUGAGCUUCCAGGGUUCUGCAGUGUACAUAUACGGAAUCGAUCUCACCAACCCUGCUAACAUCAGCUUCAUGCUCGACGGCAAUCCGGACGGGUUUCACUUAUACACGGGCACGGCCCAGUUUGUGUUUAACUCGCUCUUUUUCUCGGCUGUGAACCUCGAUCCGGGCAAGGACCACACUGUGGGAUGGACGCUGCAUGCCACGCCGAGCAACGGGACGACUGCGCUGUUCGAUUACGCGGUGGUCACGACAAGGCAAGGCGUGACCAUACCGAGUUCGGGGAGCGCAAGUCCUGUUCAAACCGGCAACGUCAAUGCUCCUUCAUCUCAUAAAGUGAGCAUUGGACCUGUUGUCGGCGGCACCGUCGGCGGCGUCGCUCUGAUCCUUGUCUUGGCAUUCCUGGGUUACAUCAUGGCAAGACGGCGAAGUCAGCGAGAGCAGAAUCAAGCGACAGCAGCGCAGCCGUUCCGAGUUGACAGUGGAGGACCACCAUCUGACAGCCUUGGUCCAUUUUCGGAAAAGAGCGCGUCAUCUCCCGAUGUCUCGUCCUUGAGUGCAUUAGGCCCUGUGCGAAACCAAGGCCUGCCCCGGGCUACUAUCACCGCGACCGAUGCUUUAUCGUCUCCAUCCUUGACAUCGAUGCCCCAGGUGCCACCAGUUCCGCCUGUUCCCAUUUCAACCAACGCUACCCCGAGCAGAGGUAGCGCAGCUCAUUCUUCACGGACCACCCCACUAGCGUAUCUUCUGCAGGUGGAUGAUGUCAAGAUCCUCUUAGACUGUGGCUCGCCUGAUUGGUGUCCGGAAGCUGAGACUGAGGAUGGAACUGGCUUUCAUUGGGAGGAGUACUGUCGAGCCUUGCGCGAAUGCGCGCCGACUGUUGAUCUGGUGCUCAUCUCGCACGGAGACCUUGCACACUGCGGUCUUUACGCUUAUGCGUAUUCGCGAUGGAACCUCAGAGCGCCGACGUAUACCAGUCUGCCUGUCCAAGCCAUGGGACGCAUCGCCACGACAGAGGAUAUUGAAGGGAUCCGGGAGCAGGAAGAUGUGGGUGAUGAGGAGGAAGAGGUGAAGCAGGAGGACGAGCAGGGCGAGGAGGACGCGCCGACACCCCGGAAACGCGACAAGCUAAAAGGAAAAUAUGUCGCUUCGCUGGAAGAGGUUCAGGAGGCAUUUGACUCCAUGAACACUCUGCGGUAUUCUCAGCCGACCCGUUUGCAAGGUACUGUCAUCUCAUUCCAAGUUCACUGGCCAUGUUCACAAGCUGCUACAGGGAAAUGUCAGGGUCUGACCAUCACACCCUUCAAUGCUGGUCACACCAUUGGAGGCACCAUGUGGAAGAUCCGUUCACCGUCAUCUGGGACGAUCCUGUAUGCAGUGAACGUGAACCACAUGCGCGAACGACAUCUCGACGGCGCGGUCAUCAUGAACAAGUCCACCGGGGGAGUGUUCGAACCGCUCGCACGACCGGAUUUGCUUAUCACAGAUGCGGAGAGGACGCUGGUCACCAACUGCAAGCAGAGAGAUAGAGAUGCUGCUCUUAUAGAUACGAUAACUUCUACUUUGACUUCAUCAUCCCGAUCCUCCGUCUUCAUCCCAUGUGACUCUAGCACGCGACUGCUCGAGCUUCUCAUCCUUCUGGACCAACAUUGGAAGUAUUCGCGACUUUCGUUUCCCAUCUGCUUGCUUUCUCGUACGGGCAAUGAAAUGCUUACCUUCGUGAGAAGUAUGAUGGAAUGGCUUGGCGGGACGGUCAGCAAAGAAGAUGUUGGAGAAGAUGGCACGGAUAAAAACCACGGCCGGGGUCGUCGCCGACGCGGCGGUGAAGAUGAAGCCGACGAAGAUGCACUAGGCGCAUUUGCGCUCCGUUUCAAACAUCUCGAGUUUUUUCUGAAUCCACAAGCACUGAUCCAACGUUAUUCUUCAACGGACCCUAAACUCGUUCUCGCUGUACCAAUGUCCCUAUCCCAUGGCUCCUCUCGCAGUCUUUUUGCAGACUUCGCCAGAAUUGCAAACAACGUGGUUCUGCUCACCUCUCGUUGCGAAGAAGGCACACUCGGACGCGCGCUCUUUGACCAAUGGAAUGAUCGACAGCGAGCAGAGGCAAAAUGGGACAAGGGAAGGAUCGGCAGUAAUGUCAUGAUGGACUCCUCAAUCGACCUCAUCGUUAAAUCAAAAGUUCCUCUCCAAGGCGUUGAGCUCGAUAUUUACCUACAGAAAGAGAAGGCUGCCAAAGAGAAAGAGGCAGCUCAUCAAGCUCAACUUGCACGCAAUCAGCGCAUGCUGGAAGCCGAUGAAGAUGACUCUGAUUCCGAUUCUGAUGACGACGCCGACUCUGACGAUGAUGACGACGACGUGAGGGAUGUAGAUGAGAUGGUCGUGGACUCCGUUGUGGGAAAGAAGCGAAAAGCCGAGAAGAGUCUCGACGCGGCUGCCGAUUUUGGUGACGGCGAAGAGGGCUUGACGAAACAGCUCCUGUCGUUUGACAUCUAUCUCAAAGGGAAUGUCUCUAAAUCGACCUCUUUCUUCAAAACUGUGGGCGGACAGGCACAGCGUUUCCGAAUGUUCCCGUACGUGGAAAAGAAACGGCGAGUGGACGAGUACGGAGAAACCGUGGAUGUGGCAAUGUGGCUGCGUAAGGGGAGAGUGCUUGAAGAGGAGGCCGAGUCCGAAGAGGUCAAGAACUACCGGAAAAAGAAGCAGGCGGAGGAUGAAGCAAAGGCACGCUCAUUGUCUGUCGAUGACUUCUCAUAA